AAAAUAACAAACAAAAAGGAAUGGAACACUCAUACUAUAUGACAUCAAACAGUGACACAUUUGGUUAAUAAAAUUAAAAGUCAUAGAUGAUUAGAUCAACUUAAUUGGUUUAACUUAAUGAGCUGCUCAAGUCAAGUCUUCUCCAAAUAAAAAUUGUUAUUCAUUAUAAUAACGUUAAUUGCAACAUGUUCUAUCUAAUUAGAUAUGAGUACAUUUUUUACUCUGAGGGAAUGGCAUCAGUUUUAGGUUUUAAUUAGGCGGCAGCUCCAUGUUUAUAUUACUUGUGUUUCUCUGUAUUAAAUUAGGUGAUUUUGGUUGGGAAAUACCCAACGACCAGGCCUAGAUUAGUUGCAUCCUCUCUUGACUCCAAUCCAUUUUUGCACAAAAAUACUCAAAACAAUUCAUGCAUGAAAAGCAAACUACAAAGCUCUACUUUUUCACUUCACUUAUAAAUCUCCCAGUCCUACCCAUCUCUCCCACUCUCUUCACUAUCAUCAAUCAAAGAAAAAAGCAGACAAGAAAUCAUGGCACAACCCAUUUUGCAGUUUCUGCUUAUGCUAGUUAUUGUCUGCAUCUGCUGCACCAGCUUGGGUGCAAGUAACCCUCCAUUAACAAUGGAUUACUAUGCAUCUACGUGUCCGACUGUUUUCGAAGUUAUCAGGAAAGAACUUGAAUGUGCUGUGCUCUCUGAUCCGCGAAAUGCUGCCUUGAUGGUUCGACUGCAUUUCCAUGACUGUUUUGUUCAGGGUUGUGAUGGGUCAGUUCUGCUUGAUGACACAUUCACCUUGAAAGGAGAGAAAAAGGAUUCCAACAACAUAAACUCCCUGAAGGGUUACAAGCUUAUUGACAGAAUAAAGAACAAGGUCGAAUCAGAUUGCCCCGGAAUCGUAUCCUGUGCAGAUAUCCUCACAAUUGCUGCAAGAGAUGCUGUGAUUCUGGUUGGUGGACCUUAUUGGGAUGUCCCUCUAGGAAGAAAGGAUUCUAAAACCGCAAGCUCCGAGCUCGCUGCUUCUAAUCUUCCAACUGCAAAUGAAGGCUUGCUCUCUAUUAUAUCCAAGUUUAUCUACCAAGGCCUCUCUGUCACUGACAUGGUUGCUCUCUCAGGAGCUCACACCAUUGGCAUGGCGCGAUGUGAGAACUUUCGAGCAAGGAUUUACGGGGACUUUGAAACGACUACAGGGAUAAAUCCCAUGUCUGAGUCAUAUGCCAGCAACCUGAGGUCAAUGUGUCCACCGAUUCGCGGAGGAGACAAUAAUGUAUCAGCUAUGGACAAUGUCACACCUAACCUUUUCGACAACAGCUACUUCCAUGUACUGUUGAAAGGUGAAGGAAUUCUGAAUUCAGACCAGGAGUUGUACUCAAGCAUCCUUGGACUCGAAACGAAGGAGCUUGUUAAGAAAUAUGCUCAUGAUCCAGUUGGUUUCUUCGAGCAAUUCUCGGAAUCGAUGGUCAAACUGGGGAAUAUAACUGAUCCUGAUACGUUUGCUACUGGGGAAGUUAGGAAGAAUUGCAGAUUUGUUAACACAUAAGAGGUAGCAAAGUGGACUGAUAUUGCAAUGACUACUAUAUAUACUUAUCAUACACAUAUUUGUUUGUCAUUAUUUUGUAUUUGUUUGUGAUGUCAAGAAGUGAAAAAUCAAGGGUUUAAUUGUAUGGCACAGCUGCAGCUGGAAAUUGUACUUCUCUUGGAUUCGUUUAAAAUUGAUUAAUAUAUGCAUGAAUGAAUGAUUUUGGGCCUUCAAGUGACUUGAGAACUAGCUAGCCCAGCCCAAGUUUUAAGCCCAAUAUUGUAUGAUGGGCUUACCCUUCGGUGUUGUUGUAAACUGUAAGUGAAAAAUAUGUAUGUUU